ACGCGAGGCCGGGGCUCGCCUUGUGGCCUGCGUUGGGGGCGUGGCGGAGAGCAGGGAGGGGGCACCUUGCACCGGGGAGGGGAAGGACUCGGGGUCUGAGGGCAGCGUGCGCCCCGAGCGCUGGUCGGGGGUUCGAGGGGUCGCGGCCGGACGGUCUCCGGGUUCGGUGCUGCGCCAAGGGAGCGGGCGAGGGGCGCCCCCGGGUGCUGGUGCGCGGGGCGCUGGGGGAGAGUUUCCCUCCGCUCUUAUCCAUCCUACCUUUUCAAAUCGAGGUGGUUACGGUGGGCCCUCGGUCCCUCCGGGACGACGUGCAGUAGGUGCUCAAUAAAAGUGUGUUGGGUGAGCGGAUGAGGGCACAUUGCCUGUGUUCGCCACCCCCUGUGGCUGCUGCAGAAUUUCUCAUAGGCGGAGCUUCAGAUAGGCCAUCUGGUUGGAAGGAAGGGAUCUGGAAGCUGCCCCGGCUUAGCAAGUGCACUCUUCACUUAGCGUGUCCUGGUUUGGUUUGUUCGGGUUUGGUUUAAGGAGGAGAGCUGAUAGAUUUGGGGAGUCUGACUCUCCCUGGGCCAGUCUGUAGUGCCAUCACUGCCCCCUGCCCCCUUAUAAAAUGACUGCAUUCCGGAAUUUACAUCCUGUGCCUUGCAGAGCUCACUUUGAAAUCCGCCUUAGCUGAGAGGCCGUGUAUUGGGUCAAGAGCCAGGGCUUUGGUGUCGAGACCUGACUUCCAGUCCGCCCGGGCAAGUCAUGGGACUGCUCUAAUGCUGUUUUCUCAUCCUGAAAGUGGGGAUGAUAAUUCAUAUCUGUUUCACAGGACUGAGACUCUGAACUCCUGAAUAGUCGCUGCUGUUAGAGGUCGUUGGGGUCUGCGUGUUGUGCUUGUUACUGGUUGCUGGAGGAGUUGGGACAGAGUCACAGGGAGCUGGGGGGAGGGACUGAGGCGGGAGGCAUAGGGAACUGGCUGAGCCUUCUGGGGUUGAGAGAGACAGAGCCUGUCCCUGGUCCAUGUCUUUGGUUAACAAAGGAGCUGCUCACUGCAGCUGGAUGGAUGGGGUCUAGACUGCAGAGGGCACUUCCCAGACCCAGGGCAGGGUCCCUGGUGGGUGGAGCCCAAGGAAGCUCUGCCGUGACCUCUGCCUCUUGAUCGCAGUUCAAAGAGGAGAUCUCCAGGAAAUUUAAGGCCCAGCAGGAUCAGCUGGUCCUGAUCUUCGCAGGCAAAAUCCUCAAGGACGGGGACACACUGAACCAGCAUGGCAUCAAGGAUGGGCUCACUGUCCAUCUGGUCAUCAAGACCCCUCAGAAGGCUCAAGAUCCAGCUGCUGCCACUGCUUCCCCCUCCUCCACUCCAGACCCCGCCUCGGCACCCUCCACCAUGCCCGCUUCACCCGCCACCCCUGCCCAGCCCUCCACCUCUGGCACCUCCUCCUCAGAUGUUGGCGGUGGGAGCCGCAGGAGCAGUGGGGGGGGUCCCUCCCCAGGGGCUGGGGAGGGACCUCCCAGCGCCACUGCGUCCAUACUCUCUGGCUUUGGGGGCAUCCUGGGCCUGGGCAGCCUGGGCCUGGGCUCCGCAAACUUCAUGGAGCUGCAGCAGCAGAUGCAGAGACAGCUGAUGUCCAACCCUGAGAUGCUGUCGCAGAUCAUGGAGAACCCCCUGGUCCAGGACAUGAUGUCCAACCCCGACCUGAUGCGUCACAUGAUCAUGGCCAACCCCCAGAUGCAGCAGCUGAUGGAGCGGAACCCUGAGAUCAGCCACAUGCUCAACAACCCGGAGCUCAUGAGGCAGACCAUGGAGCUUGCUCGGAAUCCAGCCAUGAUGCAAGAAAUGAUGCGGAACCAGGACCGGGCUCUGAGCAACCUGGAGAGCAUCCCCGGGGGGUAUAACGCCCUCCGCCGCAUGUACACAGACAUCCAAGAGCCGAUGUUCAGUGCUGCCCGGGAGCAGGUGGGGCCGGGGCCAGGCUGUGGGAGGGCUGGUGGGGCUCAGGAGUCCCUCCCCCAGACCCAGGCAAGCCCGGCGUGCUCCCUGCUUCUCUUUUCUGAUGCAGCCCUCUGGGACGGGCCUGGGCUUGGAAGCACUUCUCACGGCAUAGGCAGGGGUGGUCCAGCUUGGCAUGGGACCGAGGCAGUGGAGGGGAGGUAGCAGAAUUCCCUGGGGAUGUGGGGGGCGUAGCAUCCGAGGGAUUUGACAGCCUCAUGUACCAGGGCCUCGAAGGUUGGGGGCAGACCUGGGGUGAGACGGCCGACCCCAGCACAGUGCGUCUCAAGUGUGGUCCGUGGGUAGCCUGAAUCAGCAUCACGCAGGGAGCUAACCCAUAAUGAGCCUCCUCGUCCCCCCCUUUGAGCUACUUAGUGACUCAGUCUCAGGAAUCAGGCUUGGGAACACGCACUUGUGACAGUGCCUUAUGAAUUCUUCCA